AUGGACCAUAUCCAGAUCGAGCCUCCCUUGAAAGAAGACACCCCUCGCAUUCCCUCGCCCUACGGAGAGGAGAUAUUUUAUUACAGUCAGGUGGAUUUGAUCAUAGUGCUUCAUUUAUCCGCCGGACUAUCAUGUAGUGAUGGAAAGUGUGAGCUCAUUGAUAUAUCCAUAGGGUUCGUGCCCAAUGCUUCUGGCAUGACUGCUGUGGAGCCUUUGGCUCUUUAUUUAUCGCUCUACAGAUUCGUCAAUGGCACCUUCCCGGGUACCAAUGCCAACUUUACAUACACACACACCGAGUCGUCGCAGGAUGUGAUUUCAAAGUCUGUGAUUUACCUCUCCGUUGUGAAACCCGAGCAAGCCAACGGCGAAGCGUUCAACAUAGCUAACACGACCACACCGAAGCCUUGGUGUCUCAAAUUGCCGGUCAUAGCCAGGUACUUUGGCCUCCAUGGAAGCGGUCCAGGCCAGAAAGGCUGGGAGGAGGUAGAGGUCUGGUGGAACAAGAAACUGCAUGACUACAGGCGUAUUUGCAAGACAUUUGGUCUUGCUCCUCGCGAGUUACCUCGGUCUUCAUGGGUCUUCUACAAGGCCGACUUUACUUUGCUUGAUCGAGACCAUGAACUGAGUCUUGCAAAGAUGUACAACAUUGGGUUCAUAGCGGAGCUACCACUUGAGCGAGGACACUAUCUGACUUUCGACCGUAUGGCGGAGGCAAAGCUGAUACUCUCGCUUGAGGCACUGGUUACUUCGCCCACAUAA